UAGAGAGCCAUACAUAUAUGGAUUUGUCUACUUUUUUUGGGUGUUUUCUGUUUGACCAGUCAACAGGAAACCCUCAUCACAUCCAGGAAGGCCCUAUCCUUACUUUAUUGACACGAGCCCUAGUUCCUGCCUUCGUCAUCCUUGUCAUUCUCUAGAGUAUUCUAGCGUGCGGCCGAUCAUUAUUGAGUCCCUUGUUCACAUGGGAUUCAGGAAGAGACGUCGCGAUAUCGCAUACGAGACAGACCAGAGCAUGAGCAACCCUUCAUACAAGCUCGAGAGGAUGUCAGCAUAUGGUGCCUUUUCCUCCACAGUCUACCCUCCACUGCCCACCACUUUUAACGAGCUGGCUCAUGCUUUUGCUUAUUUGCGGACAUCAAUUGACAUGUGCUUUAGUGAUAUGAGCAGCAGUGGACCUCUUAUGAGCAGGCUUAGGAGAUCCUCUGGAAGGCUAUCCAGGAACAUCAGCAGAGCGUGGAGGACAACUUAUCACAGCAAGGCAAGCAUAUCGCUCAGAUUCUCGAUUCUCGAUUUCUUGGAGGAGCAAUAUGGAGCUCGUGACUCCACUAGCUAGGCAAGGCAAAUACAUGGGCCGUGGGCAAAAACGAAGUCUAAGAAACGCACUGAGUUGGCAAAUCUAGUUGCAGCAUUUGCAAGAAUGACAAUUGAAGAUUCAAGAAAAGUAUUUGCCGCAGAAGCAUACCCAACUUGGAUUGUAUUCUCACAAAGACAAAAGUUGAAUUGACUUAAUCAUCAUCUUGAGAAAUUAUGGCCGUAUAUUGACAAGGCGGGAUCAGAAUUAAUUAGAGCAAAUGUGGAGCCAACCCUUGAAGAGCACAGGUCCCGCCUAAUACAAGAUUUGAAGUUUU